AUGGGCCAGAGGCAUAACAGACGCCGCACUCGUCGUUCAAGCAAUCGCAUACCCACUGUUCUUGCUCAACAUCCGACCUUGCCUUUGGCAAUUAAAUCAACAAUUCGGACACCUGAGAAUAGCUUUUGCAACCUUGUAUCUGCCGACAAUUCUCCAGCCUCAUGCAUUUCACGUGGAUCUCCGGCAACCGCCCUCGCCCCAUCAUGGCAUUUUGGGUGCACAGCCUGGCAGACCCGUGAUAUUACCUCGCGGCUGGAAUCAGGUGGAUUGGAAGAAGCACAGUGUCGUCUAUUCGGUGGAGAGCCGGGCGACGAUGUGAGCCUUUGCUACCGGAUGCUUGAGUACUUCGGCGGACUCGACUAUAUCGACUCAACGAGUGGCCAUGCCCUUGGAGAUUGA